AUGGAGAUGUUCGGCGGAUCAAGGGAUAAGAACUGGGAGCGCGGUCUCAGCGAGCAGCACGAUACAGGAUCACGUCCAAUACCGAGGGAAGGGGCGUUCCCCGUCCGCGCCUUUGCUGCUGGCGCACCCUCCAAAUCCCGCGGCCCCGCGCAUUUUGCCUCUGCGGAGCUAGGGUUUCCUUCCUUCGACGGGAAGGACGAAGACGACGAUGCUUCCCUUCUCGAUGAUACCUCUGAAGCUGCCCUAAUUAUCGGAGGUGCGGUCAUGGCUGUUAAUCUCCAUUCCUGUCGGCUCAGAUCCCUUCAUCCACUCGUCCCUUCGUCCCUAUCCUCUCGCCUCUCUCGCCCUCCUUUAAGGCCCACGGCCUUCUCUUUGAGACCGAAGUUCGGGUUGGUUAUCGCAUCCGAAUCAUGCAAUUUAUUUGGCGAAUUCGAGCUUCAGAAGCUGCCGGUCAAGCGUGGUGGUUGCUGGGUUUUCACCGACGUCGCCGCCGGUGCGAAGCCAGAGGAAGAGGAGAAACAGAAUAUUGUAAUCGAGGAUCAGAUUGAGAAAAUGGAGGUUUCGGAAGAGAAGCAAGACAGUUCUCCGACUAAUCAACAGCAAAAACAUCAAGGGAGCCAGUUGAAGAAUCGCGUUGUUUUCGGUCUUGGAAUUGGUAUCGGCGUUGGUGGUAUGGUCUUGGCUGGGGGUUGGUUCUUCACGGUUAUGAUGGCUGCUGCCGUAUUUGCUGGUACAAGAGAAUAUUUUGCAUUGGUUCGAAGCCGUGGUAUAGCUGCCGGAAUGACACCGCCUCCUAGAUAUCUCUCGAGAGUUUGUUCUGUCAUUUCUGCUGCCAUGCCCUUGAUGACGCUGUAUUUUGGUCAUAUGGACAUUUCUGUGACAUCAUCUGCCUUCAUCGUAGCAAUGGCAUUGGUUUUGCAGCGAGGGAAUCCUCGUUUUGCACAGCUGAGUAGUGCAAUCUUUGGGCUCUUUUACUGUGGUUACCUUCCUUGCUUCUGGGUGAAGCUUCGAUGUGGUCUGGCAGCCCCUGCCUUGAAUACUAAAAUUGGAGCUAGUUGGCCAUUUCUUCUUGGGGGUCAAGCCCACUGGACUGUUGGCCUUGUUGCAACAUUGAUUUCUAUAAGCAGUGUAAUUGCAGCAGAUACUUCUGCAUAUCUAGUUGGGAAGGCGAUUGGCCGAACACCACUUACAACCAUUAGCCCAAAAAAGACAUUGGAAGGAGCUUUUGCCGGCUUAGCUGGAUGUGUAAUGACUACAAUCGUGUUGUCCAAGAUCCUUCAGUGGCCAGCCUCAUUGAUAAGUGCAUUGGCUUAUGGAGUUUUGAAUUUCAUGGGAUCCCUCUUUGGGGACCUUGUUGAGUCAAUGAUCAAGCGUGAUGCUGGUGUCAAAGACUCUGGCUCUCUCAUUCCUGGACAUGGUGGCUUGCUUGACAGAGUGGAUAGCUAUAUCUUCACCGGUGCACUCGCCUAUUCCUUCGUCAGAAUGGGCGUGCCAUUGUUCGGUCUUUAGAGUGCUUCCAUGUAUAUGUUCACACAAAUAUGUUUCACACGAAAUGUACAAAUAUAGAAAGUCAUUUCCCGGACCGUUGUUGUCUUCAUUAAGUCUUUUCAAGUUUAUUAAUUUCAUUUAUUUAUAUUUUUCUAAUAGAUC